UGUACAUGCUACAGCAGGGCAGAGAAAUAGACUGCAGCAUUUGAAUUUCAGACUGUGGAGAUACCUUAAAGAAAACAAACAUUUAGGGGUUUUCUUUGUUUUUCUCUUUUGUUUGGCCUUCCACAGACCCUCCAUCUUUGAGGCAGUCGUGAUGGCUUCCUGUAUGGUGUCUAUCCUCUUCCUGUUCCCUCUAAUCGCCGCCAUGUCAGCAGUAGAACCGCCAGGCUGCAAGAUCCGGAUCAUUAACAGGGGGCUCGAAAUGUUGAAGUACGAGACCCAGAAGUUUGUAGUUGAGGAACUGAGCAACAUCACCAUGCCAGAGAUGAAGGGCAAAGAGGGCCACUUCCAAUACACCAUCAAAGAGGUGAAGAUAAAUGAGCUGAACCUGACCUACGCUGACCUGGCCUUCCAGCCUGGCCUAGGACUGCUCUUCAAUGUGCAGAACUCCUCCAUCGCUCUCAGCUUCCGGAGACACAUCUUAUACUGGUUAUUCUAUGACACCGGAGCCAUCAACGCCUCUGCAGAAGGCGUGAACAUCCACACUGUCCUGCACAUGACCAGAGAUGAGUUGGGACGCCUCAAGAUCUCUAACAUCACCUGCGAUGCCUCCAUCGCCAAAAUGAAAAUGAAGUUCACUGGCACCUUGGGGAGGGUGUAUGACUUCCUGGCGACUUUUUUGACCACAGGAAUGCGCUUCCUUCUGAACCAGCAGAUCUGUCCUGUCAUGAACCACGCUGGUUUGGUUCUAAUCAACUCUUUGUUGGAGACAAUUCCAGUGCGAACAGAAGUAGACAAGUAUGUGGGGAUCGACUACUCUCUCCUAAGUGACCCUGUGGUAACUUCAAGGAGUCUUGACAUGGAUUUCAGGGGCAUGUUCUUUGAGCUCGGGAACGAGAGCAACACCUUGGUGAACUAUGCCAUCAGCCCAAUUGUGAGAGAGUAUGACCGCAUGGUGUACCUGGCUCUGUCCGAGUACUUCUUUGACAGUGGGUUGUACUCCUAUUAUAAAGCUGGCAUAUUCCAAAUGAAUAUCGCCAACGAGCAGAUGCCAAAGGAUCUGGAGAUGCUCCUUAGGACAACAUAUUUUGGCACCAUUAUGAUGAUUAACCCAGCCCUAGUGGAGUACCCGAUCUCCCUGCAACUGGAGUUGAACUCUGCCCCCAAGACAACCGUCAAGACCUCCGGGGUCACUGUGGCCAUCACUGCCAUCGUCACGGUGAUGGUGCUACCGCCCGGCAAGGCACCUGUUCAGCUCAGCAGCAUGACCAUAGUGGCCAAAUUCAAUGCCAAGGUGUCCAUGAAGGGCAAGAGACUGGGUGUUCAUGCAGACUUGAGGAGGUUUAAAAUCUACUCCAACCAGUCUGCUUUGGAAUCACUGGUGCUUAUUCCCCUACAAGUCCCCCUCAAGACUAUGCUGCAGAUCUCAAUAGUACCCAUAAUCAAUAACUGGACCAAGAGAGGCGUCGCUAUCCCUCUUGCAGAUGGUAUGGACUUCAUAGAGGAAGUGGUGGAGUAUCAUAAUGGUUACCUCAUCAUUGGGGCAAACUUACAUUUCAGCAAGGGCCUGAGGGAGAUGAUCGAGAGGAAAAUCCAGGCUGAUGCCGAGAACGCCAUCUAAAGAGAAUUCUCCACCAGCAAUAAAUAGAUAAACACCCAUCCAA